AUGUUCCACAAUCUCCUUCCAAGGAAGACUGUAAUCGUUCCCCUUCUACUAAACUGGAGUGGGCUUGUUACAUCCAUAGUCGCGCCCCCAGACACAUCAUACUGGAGAGCGCCUUAUGCCCUCCGCGUUAUCUCCGACGAUGCAAGAAUCAACGGCCGCACUCUAGUCCCGGACACAUACAACGGACGUACCACUGGUGUGUACAUCAACUCGAAAAGGGCACCGCAUGAAGCCUACACCAUCUACCCGUCGGGCGACCCAUGGGCCUCCAGUUUCAACUACUCAAACCUCACCGAACUGUACGAACAGCAAUUCCAUUCCGACAGCAAUAGCACCGAACUCAUCCUCAUCUACGGUCAAAAGCCACCAACCGCGUCGGGUACCCCACUUCUACUGAUGAACACUGAUACUGGGCCUGGAGUGACACAUUUAUGGCCAGCCGCAUCGUUUGUCGUGGAUUGGAGGAGUUGGCGAUUUGUAUGGGAUGAGACAAAUGAGAGGGCGAUUUUGAGGAAUUUUGGCUGGACGGAUGGAAUGAGGUGGAUUGCCUACCAGGGCUCGGCUACUGGGAGUACAUUUUAUAUCUAUCGAUGGAAUGGUACGUUACCCAGGCCUAGUGAUGGGUGGGGUAGUAGCGUGUCGGAUAUUGUUAAUGCUAGUGUUAACAUUGAUCUUGAGGUCGUGCCGUUGUGGCAGAUUCCACCACUUGGCUAA